CAUUUUUGAGUUUCGAAAAUGAAUGCGUGGGCAGGACAAGAACGCGAUGGUGAUGUUAUGGGACCAACUGUUACAAGAGCAGCAAGUGCAAAAAGUUCACCGCCACCACUCAAGAACGGUAACGAAUUGAGAGAAUCUGGUUAUUUAAUAGCUGUCGGUUCCAGAACAGCUAGGUUUCGGAGAAAACACAGGAACAAACUUUUGAUAAUAUUCUUGAUAAUGUUAAUUCUACUAUUAUUGUGUUUAGCUGUAGCUAUGACUGUUUUAUAUGUAAAACAAAAACGUACUAAGCCCAUACGAAUAUGUCACACGAGAGAAUGCUUGAGGUCGGCCGCCAACUUGGCGCUGUCUAUGGACACCUCCACAAGCCCGUGUCAUGACUUUUAUCAGUACGUCUGUGGCAACUGGGCAGAAGAACACCCACGCCCAGAUGCCUACAGGUCAUACGAUUGGUUCAGAGAGAAACAGAACAAGGUGUAUGCAGUGGUGCGGGAUUUCCUCGCCAAAAACACCACCGACCAGCCGCGCCCUGUGCAGCAGGCCAAGGACUUAUACACCGCUUGUAUGGAUACUGAGACAUUGGACAAACUUAGCUUAAAACCCAUAUUUAAAAUAUUGAAAUCAUUAGGCUUGCCAGCUUACCCAACGUACAUCAACGUCACAGACGAUUUCGAUUACUCUACUUACUCCUUCGACUGGAUAGAGGCAGUAAUAAACAUUAAGACGCAGUUAGGAAUGGAUGUAUUGAUUGGUUUCGAUAUAUUCACUGAUCCGAGGAAUUCAUCUGAGUAUCGACUGGUGAUGGGAUCGCCUGAAACUACUAAUCCUUUUCCAAGCAUGCACAAUGAAAAGAAACAACAUAUAGGUCAAAGAAGUUUAAUAGAACGAAUAAAAGAUAAUCAUAAGAAAAAUAUAAGAAUAUUAAACAAGAAACACGGUGAUAACUUUGAGAGUUUAGAAAAUAAAGACGAUGAAGAAAAAGCUGAACAUAUUUAUAAACUGUUCUAUGCAGAAUUAAUAAAACUGUUUAUAUUAGAAAGUGCCCCAAAAGACUUAAACUUAACAGAAUUAGAAUUGGACCAAAAUAUUUUUCUGGCUGCAAACGAAUAUUAUACUAUGAGUGAAGAUAUGUAUGAGCUAGAAGCUGACAAUGAAACAAUUUCAGAUGAAGAUCAGUAUCUCGAUGUGCCAGAUUACACAGUAGACGAGGUUCAAGCGCACACCGAUAUGAUCGUAAUAAGUAACAAUGGUACACCCGUUCCUAUAUGGAAACGAUAUUUAGAAGGUGUUUUCAAUAUAAGCAACGUUGAUCUAGAUUUUCAGAAGGAUAGAAUAUUAAUAUCUAAUCCAGAUUUGAAAUACAUGUCAUUGAUGGCUGCGUAUUUGUCAAGAGCUGCACCUGUGACCAUUGAACUGUAUAUUUGGAUAAAGGUUGUAGAAGUAAUGGCAGUACACACAACAACAGAAUUGCGACUACUGUUUCAACGAUCAUAUGAUGCUCUUCGACAACAUGACAUAACCAUGCCGCCACGCAGUCUAUAUUGUGCGAGUGCUGUCAAUGAUUUGCUUGGCAUGGCAGUAUCGUAUGCCAUUGCCAAUCCUGAUUUCCUUACCAAAACUAAACCCAAGAUUCAAAUAAUGUUAAAUGAAAUGAAAAAUUCCCUCGCGCAACUUGUGAGUAAAACCAAAUGGAUGGAUGAUGAUACGAAAUUAGCGACGUACCAGAAAAUUACACAAAUGAAAACCUUAAUAGGGUUUCCUGAUUGGUUACUCGAAGAAGGAAAACUAGAAGAAUUUUAUGAAGGGAUCGAAAUUGAUACAAAGACACAUUUGGAAAAUUUGAUCAAUAUAAUACAAGUUAAGAUCAGAAAGGCUCUGAAUAGGUUUAGAAUGGGCAACAAUUUCACUUGGGCCACUGAUCCGACAGAGGUUAACGCUUACCACACUUUCCAGGAAAAUACUAUAACCAUACCUUUAGUGAUGUUGCAAUAUCCUUUCUACGAUUUAGGACUUGAUUCCCUAAACUACGGCUCAUUGGGUACAGUACUUGGACAUGAAAUAACUCAUGGAUUUGAUAACUUUGGUCGUCAGUUCGACAAAAACGGCAAUCUUCUACCCUGGUGGACGAACAGGACGAUAGAAUCAUUCGUCAACCUGACUCAAUGCUUUGUAGAUCAAUACUCGUCCUACUUUGUACCAGAAUUAAAUGAACAUGUAGAUGGUAAAAAGACUUUAGGAGAGAACAUAGCAGAUAAUGGCGGUGUCAGAGAGGCUUUUGGUGCCCUGAAGGAGCACCUACGUAAGCACAGUGAAGAGCCGAAACUACCUGGAUUCGAGCACUUAAGUUCCGAGCAGCUAUUCUUUUUGUCGUAUGGAAAUCUUUGGUGUGGAGUGCCAACCAAGGAAUCUCUGAAGUCGGAACUAUCAGAUGAGCACUCUCCACAACAUUUCAGAGCCCAAGGUGCUUUACAAAACAAUGAGGACUUCGCCAGAGUGUGGAGCUGUCCCCCAGGGUCUCCUAUGAACCCUAAACAAAGAUGUAUCAUAUUUUAGUUUGCCUUUUAAGAAAAUAUUAAAUUGUAUUAGUAAACGAAGAAUGAAAAAAGUUAUUGGGUUAUUUCUGUUUUAAGCAAUAACGGGUUUAUUAUCAUAUUAAUAUAAUCUGAAUUCUACGGGAAUAAAAUAAAAUUUUGCAUGAUUUUUUUUAUAACUUAGCGACUAGUCU